UGUUUACAGAGUUACACUUUAAUAUCAACCUGUUUCCUCCUCCUCCUUCUCCUCCUCCUCCGUGACCUCCUUCUCCUCCCCUUUCUCCUGAGAAACUUCACCCCCGUGGUGCCGAGCGCCUCUGCGCAGCCGGGGAAGGACGCAGGCAAGGCGGAGGGCAGCGGGAGGCGGCAACCGGUGCGGUCCCCGGGGCUCUUGGCGGAGCCCCGGCCCGCCUCGCCAUGGCCCGGAGACCCCGGCACAGCAUAUACAGUAGCGAUGAGGAUGACGACGACAUUGAGAUGUGUGACCAUGACUACGAUGGGCUGCUUCCCAAAUCUGGAAAGCGUCACUUAGGGAAAACCAGGUGGACAAGGGAAGAGGAUGAAAAGCUGAAGAAGCUAGUGGAGCAGAAUGGAACCGAUGACUGGAAAGUGAUUGCCAAUUACCUGCCGAACCGGACGGACGUGCAGUGCCAACACCGAUGGCAGAAAGUGCUAAACCCUGAACUCAUCAAGGGUCCCUGGACCAAAGAAGAAGAUCAGAGAGUGAUAGAGCUUGUUCAGAAAUACGGCCCGAAACGUUGGUCUGUUAUUGCCAAGCACUUAAAAGGGAGAAUUGGAAAACAAUGUAGGGAGAGGUGGCAUAACCACUUGAAUCCAGAAGUUAAGAAAACCUCCUGGACAGAAGAGGAAGACAGAAUUAUUUACCAGGCACACAAGAGACUGGGGAACAGAUGGGCGGAAAUCGCAAAGCUGCUGCCUGGACGGACUGACAAUGCUAUCAAGAACCACUGGAAUUCCACCAUGCGUCGCAAGGUGGAACAAGAAGGCUACCUGCAGGAGCCUUCAAAAGCCAGCCAGCCGCCGGUGGCCACUGGCUUCCAGAAGAACAGUCAUCUGAUGGGUUUUGCUCACACCUCAGCUUCAUCUCAGCCCCCGGUGAACAGUGACUACCCCUAUUACCACAUUUCCGAAGCACAAAACAUCUCCAGCCACGUUCCAUAUCCUGUAGCGUUGCAUGUAAAUAUAGUCAAUGUCCCUCAGCCAGCUGCUGCAGCGAUCCAGAGACACUAUAAUGAUGAAGACCCUGAGAAGGAAAAGCGAAUAAAGGAACUAGAGUUGCUUCUGAUGUCAACCGAGAAUGAGCUCAAAGGACAGCAGGCAUCACCAACACAGAACCAUACUUGCAGCUAUCCAGGGUGGCACAGCACCUCUGGUGUGGACCAGAGCCGACCUCUUGGAGACAAUGCACCUGUGUCCUGUUUGGGAGAUCAUCACGCCACGCCUUCUCUGCCUGCGGACCCUGGCUCUCUUCCUGAGGAAAGCGCCUCGCCUGCAAGGUGCAUGAUCGUCCACCAGGGAACCAUUCUGGACAAUGUUAAGAACCUCUUAGAAUUUGCAGAAACACUCCAAUUUAUAGACUCUGAUUCUUCACGGUGCGAUCUCAGCAGUUUUGAAUCCGCUGAAGAAGCAGCAGCUUUUUCACCUAGCCAACAGCACGCAGGCAAAGCCUUCCCGCCUCAGCAAAGAGAGGGGCCCGCAGGAGAGCCUAGCCUGAGGGUCAACAGACGGCUGAGCGAGGCUUCCCUGGGCCCAGCCAAAGCCUUACCUCCCACGAGGCACAGCAUGGUUCCGCUGGUCAUCCUCCGGCACAGGCGGGGCCAGGCCAGCCCCUUAGCCGCGGGAGACUCUAGCUCCUUCCUCUUUGCUGACGUCAGCAGCUCACCUCCCAAGUGUUCCCCUGUCAAAAGCCUGCCCUUCUCUCCCUCGCAGUUUUUGAACACUUCCAGCAACCAUGAAAACUCAGCUUUAGACAUGCCUACUUUAACCUCUACUCCGCUCAGUGGUCACAAACUGACACCGUGUCAGAGAGACCAGACUGUGAAAGCCCAGAAGGAAAAUUCCAUCUUUAGAACUCCAGCUAUCAAAAGGUCAAUCCUGGAGAGCUCUCCGAGAACUCCCACACCAUUCAAACAUGCACUUGCAGCUCAAGAAAUUAAAUAUGGCCCCCUGAAGAUGCUACCUCAGACACCCUCUCAUUUAGUGGAAGACCUACAGGAUGUGAUCAAGCAGGAAUCCGAUGAAUCUGGAAUUGUUGCUGAGUUUCCAGAGAGUGGUCCACCAUUGUUGAAGAAAAUCAAACAGGAGGCGGAGUCACCAACUGAUAAAGCUGGAAAUUUCUUCUGCUCAAACCUCUGGGAAGGGAACAGUCUGAGCACCCAACUGUUCGCUCAGGCAUCUCCUGUGGCAGAUGCCCCAAAUAUUCUUACAAGCUCUGUUCUUAUGACACCGGUAUCAGAAGACGAAGACUAUGUUCCCAAAGCCUUUACAGUGCCUAAAACCAGGCCCCUGGUGGGUCCCUUGCAGCCCUGCGGCGGUGCCUGGGAGCCAGCAUCCUGUGGGAAGACAGAGGACCACAUGACAGCCUCCGGACAGACUCGAAAAUAUGUGAACGCGUUCCCAACUCGGACUCUGGUCAUGUGAGGCAUUUCCAGAAAAGCAUUAUGGUUUUCAGAACACUUAAAAUUGACUUUUGACAUACAUUCUUCAUCAUGGAACGCUUCCUGAUUGAGAGAAGAAGCUAUUUUUGUUGUGGUACAACAGUUGAGAACAGCACCAAGUGCGUUUUAGUUGCAUGAAAUCUCGCUGGAUUUCACCCAACUAAAAAAGAUUUUUUUAAAAAAAAUUAAUGAAUAACAGUCUUGCCUAAAUUAUUAGGUAAUGAAUUGUAACCAUUUGUUAAUAUCAUA